CUCCGCGCCGCUGCUGCCGCCAGCAUCUGGGACCGGCCGAGCCUGCACCUCCGUCCGGCGCUGCCCUUUGAUUCGGAUUUCCAUCUUGCAUUCUCCGGCGGACCGCGGGACCUGGCUUGUGCAGAGGAGGGGGGCAGAUCGCUAUGGAGUAUUUCAUGGUGCCCACUCAGAAGGUGCCCUCUUUGCAACAUUUCAGGAAAACAGAGAAAGAAGUGAUAGGAGGGCUCUGUAGCCUGGCCAACAUUCCACUGACCCCCGAGACCCAGCGGGACCAGGAGCGGCGGAUCCGGCGGGAGAUCGCCAACAGCAACGAGCGGCGGCGCAUGCAGAGCAUCAACGCUGGCUUCCAGUCCCUCAAGACCCUCAUUCCCCACACAGACGGAGAGAAGCUCAGCAAGGCGGCCAUUCUCCAGCAGACUGCCGAAUACAUCUUUUCUCUGGAGCAAGAGAAGACGAGGCUCCUGCAGCAGAACACGCAGCUCAAGCGCUUCAUCCAGGAGUUGAGCGGUUCAUCCCCCAAGCGGCGGCGCGCAGAGGACAAAGACGAAGGCAUUGGCUCUCCGGACAUCUGGGAGGAUGAGAAGGCUGAGGACCUGCGGCGGGAGAUGAUUGAGCUGAGGCAGCAGCUGGACAAGGAGCGCUCUGUGCGCAUGAUGCUGGAGGAGCAGGUGCGCUCGCUAGAGGCCCACAUGUACCCAGAGAAGCUCAAGGUGAUUGCACAGCAGGUGCAGCUCCAGCAACAACAGGAACAGGUGCGGCUAUUACACCAGGAGAAACUGGAGCGGGAACAACAGCACCUUCGGACUCAGCUCCUGCCCCCUCCGGCCCCCACCCACCACCCCACAGUGAUUGUGCCGGCACCACCACCCCCGCCCUCCCACCACAUCAAUGUCGUCACCAUGGGUCCUUCGUCAGUCAUCAACUCUGUCUCCACAUCCCGGCAAAACCUGGACACCAUUGUGCAGGCAAUCCAGCACAUCGAGGGUACCCAGGAGCGGCAGGAGGAAGAGCGGCGGGCGGUCAUCGUGAAGUCGGUCCGCAGUGGCCCGGAGGCCCACACCUCGGACACAGCCUCCGACUCGGAGGCUUCAGACAGUGACACCAUGGACCAGAGCCGGGAGGAGCCAUCGGGGGACGGGGAGCUUCCCUGACCACCCCCAGCCCUCCUCUCCCUUCUGGGGGGCUGGAGGGGCCCGGGGCAGCAGCAGGGAGAAAUGUAGGCGAAUGAGUGAGAAAUUUUUACAAAAUUACAAUGUCAUUUGGGUCUCUUUUAUGACCUCUUUUUCAAUACUGUAAAUCGGCCUUUGAACGGAGCCACCCGACCCAAGGUCAAUAGGGGCUUGGACGGCCUGGGGUGUGUGGGGAUCAUUGGGGUACUGGGGCUGGGCCCCAGAGGUGGGGGACAUGCACACAGAAGGUGCCUGGCCUCUCUCUCUCUGCCAAAAAAACAUUUUUCAUUUAAACAUGUUUUUUUAAGAACAGGGAAAAUGAAAUAAAACCCCAGCUCGCUCUUCCCUCCCUAGUCAAUCCUGUGACCGUCAGUUUUUCAUUUCCCUCUUCCUGCCUCUCUUUGGUUUUCUUCUUUUUUCUUUAAGCACUUACAUGGGUUGGGGGUCUGGCUGGGUCCGGGCUUUCUGGGGGUCUGGGGGUCACCGUUGCUUCUCGGUUUUGGGGUUUGCUGCUGCCCUCCUCCCCUAUCCCCCACCCUCUCUCAGCACUAGGGUUAGCCAUUCUCUGCCACCAUCCAGCCCCCCUCCUUUCCUUACAGGUUUCCCAUCUUUGACCCCAAAAAUGUCUUUGUCUCUUUCUGUUUUGUUUGUUGUUGUUGUUUUUUUUUUUCUCUUCUUUUUUUGUUUUGUUAUUUUUUACAAUUUUGAGGUCUUUGUGUUUAAGGAGAAGCUAUUAUAUUUUGUUAAGAAAGUGGGGGGAAAAAAAAUGAAGAGGCCACUGUGCCUUUGUAAAGAAACAAAAUAAAGUUUGUACUUUGUU